AAAAUCUAUCAACUGUGGCAACCGUGUUCAUUUAGACGCCGGCGAACGAAUAUUGCAGAAGUUGGCGAAAAAUAACAAAUAAAAUAUCGUACUGUGCAAUUUACACUCUUCAAAGUUAAAUAAAUAAAUAAACUACAAUAUCCACAUAAAAAUGUAAAAAUCAUACAAAAUACGAAAACAAGAUUUCCCCCGUUUUACAUUGUCGGCGCUCAACUUGUUUGUCAGUCGACUUUAAUCUCUUCUGAUUGGAGCAAUUAAUAGCUUGCUGCUAUUGUUAAAUACGGUGCGGUAUCAAUACGAUAAACAAUAAAAUCUAAUCUCCGUUGACGAAAAAAAAAACCUAAUCAUAUGAUACGCCAACAUUUUCUACAUACAACGAAAGUAAAAUCGAACGAAACCACAAACAUCAUUAAUUAUUUGUUAGGCCUAGACGGUGGGUCGGUAGUUGUCCGUCGCGUGCUUUGUGUGAUUAUAAAAAAAAGAGUGUGCCAUAAAUAUUAAUGAAUGGAGAAAAGUGAAAUUAUUUCUUAAAACGAAAAAAAAAAAAAUAAAAUAAGAAAUCUACAGCUGCAAUUAUCACAAUGUGCAUGCUGGCGCAAGUGAAAGAGGGGGGAAAAAAGUCUCAACAGUGCAACUCGGAAAUAAUUGCAUUUGCUAAAAUUUGAAGGUCAUUGUUCUCUGUUUGGCAUCAAACAACAAAUAUAAACAAGACAACGGAGAGAGAGUUUGUACUCUCUCGCUCUCUUUCUCUCCGUCUUUAAAUUCUCUGCCAACAUUGUGUUAGAACGGGGUGUGGAGUGUUUUGUUGUUGUCAAAUUUCGUGUGGGUGGGGGAAUUGAAACCGGCUCGUAAAAUUACAAAGAGUAUUUGCAAAAAAUAAUAACAAAGGAAGUUCUAAAAUGUGUCACAAUUGAAAGAAAAACAAAUGCAAUGUAAUGGAAAUGUUGUUAGUGAAAAAACUUCUCAACGCUAUAAAUCAUUAACGCCGCCCUUGAAAAUUUCGUCGUUCCAAGUCGAACCAACCCGACCCAACAAAACCAAAAUUGAUUAAAAAUGGGUCGUCUGGAUCAAGAAGAGCGUUAUACGCUAUUACCCUUAAGCUCAUCCAGUUCAAACACGACAAAUAAUCUUUCCUCUUCAUCGGGUGGCGAGGAAAACAAUGCCACCGACCAUGAAGACUCGGUGGAAUUCAAACAAAGGACCAAAUAUUUUCGUAAAAAAUUAGCUGGUGCAAUAAUGCGUACAACCGCAUCGGUAUCAGCAAAUCAAGUGCUAACAAAUAAUCGAAGAAAAUUCCAUGCCGGUCGAGGAUUGGGGAAACGUUUCAUACGUCCUCUCUUUUGUGCUUUUAUGAUACCGAUGUCCCUGUUUUUGUUACUCUACAGUUCCAUAUUUUCCGGGUCCUCAUCAAGACAGUAUCCUUUGCCCGACUGGGAUUUUGAUGUGUCGCGCAAUAUCAGCGAUUAUGUUUUGCCCCUGAAUGAUACAACCAUUUUGGAGCCAAAACAAAAAUGUGCCGAUAAAUUUUUCCUAUUAAUUAUUGUCUGCUCUGGUUUGAAUAACUUUGAAGCAAGACAAACAAUACGUGAAACCUGGGGCAAUACCACGGAAUUCAAUUAUCCCAUGUUUGCAAAACUCCACUCCCAUUUGAGCGAUAAAUAUUUGCAACCGAAAAAGCAGCGACUGAAAUUAUAUCGGGAAUUUCUGAAGCUAAAUGGAAACCAAACCGCAACCGUGGACUCAGUCACAAUACCCGUUCGCAUUCUAUUCUUAUUGGGUCAGAGUAAACAGGAUUUCUCUCAGCACACCAACGCAGAGGCUGGAACAGCCGCCAACAUGGCCGGCCGCAGCAGCAGCACAACUGGUGCUAUUUUUAAUGGCAAUGAAACCCAGACUCGUUUGCGACAAGAAGCCGAACAAUACGAUGAUAUUAUACAAGAACAAUUUGUGGAUUCGUAUAAUAAUCUAACCAUCAAAUCUGUGAUGGCCUUGAAAUGGAUAAAGGAGCGCAAAUGUUUCAAACAGGCUGCCUUCUUUAUGAAGGUCGACGAUGAUACGUUUGUGAAUGUGCCGAAUUUAUUACAUUUCCUGCUGGGUGGUACGGUGCCAUUGUACAAUGAAACACUGGAUUAUUAUGACAGCAAUUCCUAUCAAACUUUGUCGGAUUUGAAUCGUUUAAAUGCUACCGUCAACUAUAUGGUGGGCUAUAUGUUUUGCCGGGCUCCCGUGCUGUCGAAUGUCAAAAGUAAAUGGUAUAUGCCAUAUUAUAUGUAUCCCCAGGAUAUGUAUCCACAUUAUCUGUCCGGUUCAGGGUAUCUUAUGUCCAUGGAUGUGGUGCCGAAAUUGUAUAAAGCUGCGCUAAAUACAUCCUUGAUCUAUUUGGAGGAUGUCUAUGUGACGGGCAUGUGUGCCGAAAAGGCCCAUCUGAAGAGACAUCAUCAUCCUCUGUUCAACUAUGCUAAAUCGAAACAUAUGUGCACCUACAAGGGCAUGAUCUCAAUGCACAAACUGAGGGUAGAAGAUAUGUACGCCUCGUAUAAUUUUGUAACAAAUCUAACAUAUCAAUGCCCGCCACCGGGUAAAUAUUUCAAGCGUAUACGACUGCGCAGAUUGAAUGGCUGUGGUUAAUGGAAAUUAACAAAUAAAAAAAAUAUGAUUGAAUAUUAAGUUAAGUUUAUGUCCAUAGAACACACAUAUACAUACAUACAAACAUAUGUGCAGACAUUAUAUGCACACAUACAAAAGCACAUUAUUUUGCACAAAGACUCAGUACGUUGUAAGACUUGAAAUUUUCGAUUUAAGUUUAGAUAGCUAUUAUUAAUAUUAUUAUUAAGUUUCUUUGAUUUGUAUGGCCUGGCUGCUACAGCUCAGUGAUGCAGUGGAAAUUGGGGGAAGCGGAAUGGAAUAUACAACCAGGGCUUUAUGUGUGAGCAUGGAAAUAGGCCUCGGCUUAUCCACAAUAUUUACCUUAAGAUAGUUGUGUUAAAUUUAUAACUAAAUGCCAGUAUUUUAUGUUAAUUUAUAUAGCGGAAUGUUUGUUCACAUUAUAGCACCAGCAAGGUCGGAGUGAAGUCCAAAGGGAUGGAGGGGAGGAAAUGUAGAAUUUUAGAAUAUUUUUUCGAUACAUUUAGAACAACUAAAGUGGGGAUCAAUGUCUUGCAAUUUUUUAUUGUUUAGAUAAGGUACUAAACCCCUUCAUGUCUCUUAGAAUUGUUAAUUUUUAGAAACUGUUCUGUUCAUAUUCAAACCAAUAUCUGGGAAAAAUUUAUAUUUAGACAUUGUCAAAGGCAAAGUCUUAGAGAAGGCCAAAGGGAUGGAGGGGUGGAGAAGAAGAAUUUUUAAAUAUUUUUUCGAUACAUUUAGAACAACUAAGGAUGGGAUCAAUGUCUCACAAUUUUUCAUGUCUCUUAGGAGAUGUUUUCAUUGGAAUUGUUAAUUUUUAGAAACUGUUCUACGGCCCUAAUUUUUUUCUCAUAAGGGAUUUUUUUCAUAUCUAAACAAAUAUCUGGUAACAUUUUAAAUAUACAUAGAAACAUAGAAAUAUUUUUUGGUUACAUUUCGAACAACAAAGAAGGGGAUCAAUAAUCAAUAGCAAUUGUUAAUAUUUAGACAAUAUCCAAGACUCCUUCAUGUCUCAUAGGAUAUAUUUUCAUUGGAAUUGUUAAUUUUUAGAAACUUUUUUAGACCCCUUCAUUUUUUUCUUAGGGAAUUUUUUCAUAUCCAAACAAAUAUCUGGGAAAAAUUUAUAUUUAGACAUCGUCAUAUGCAAAGUCCUAAAAAAGGCCAAAGUGAUGGGAGGGAAGGAGACGAAGAAUUUUUAAAUAUAUAUAUUUUUUUGAUACAUUUAGAACUUUCAUGACCCCUGAUUUUUUCUCUCAAAGAAUUUUUUCAUAUCCAAACAAAUAUCUGGGAAAAAUUUCAUGUUUAGAGAUUGUCAUAGGCAAAGUCCUAGAAAUGGCCAAAGGGCUAGAGGGAAGGAGACGAAGAAUUUUUUAAUACUUUUUCGAUACAUUUAGAACAACUAAAGAGGGGAUCAAUGUCUCGGAAUUUUUAAUGUUUAGACAAUGUGCAUGUUGUCUCUAAAGAUAUGUUUUCAUUGGAAUUGUAAAUUUUUGGAAACUGUUCUACGCCCCUAAUUUUUUCUCCUAAGGAAUCUUUUCAUAUCCAAACAAAUAUCUGGGAAAAUUUUAUAUUUAGACAUUGUCAGAGGCAAAGUCCUAGAGAAGGCUAGAGGGAUGGAGGGGAGGAGACGAAGAAUUUUUAAAUAUUUUUUUUUUUGAUACAUUUAGAACAACUAAGAGAGGAGAUCGAUGUCUCGGAAUUUUAAAUUUUUAGGCAAUAUCCUAAACCCCUUCAUGUUGUCUUCAAAGAUAUGUUUUCAUUGUAAUUGUUAAUUUUUAGAAACUGUUCUGCACCCCUGAUUUUUUCUCUCAAAGAAUUUUUUCAUAUCCAAACAUAUAUCCGGGAAAAUUCUAUUUUUAAACAUUGUCAUAUGCAAAAUCCUAGAAAUAGCCAAAGGGAUGGAGGGGAGGAGACGAAGAAUUUUUAAUUUUUUUUUGAUACAUUUAGAACAAUUAAGGAGGGGAUCGAUGUCUCGGAAUUUUCAAUUUUUAGGCAAUAUCCUAAGCCUCUUCAUGUUGUCUCCAAAGAUAUGUUUUCAUUGGAAUUGUUCAUGUUUAGAAACUGUUCUAGACCCCUGAUUUUUUUCUCUUAAGGGAUUUUUUUCAUAUACAAAGGAAUAUCCAAAGUCCCAGAGAAGGUUAAAGGGAUGGAGGGGAGUAGACGAAGAAAUUUUAAAUAUCUGAGAAAAUUUUUUAUUUAGACAUUGUCAUAGACUGCCGUUUUUCUUUUGUUUUACGGAAUGCUGCUUUCAUAUACCCAAAAAUAAAUACCAACACCAUGGAGAAGCUUUACAAUUCUGUUUGUGGAUUUUACUUCCUCUAAGGCGUAAGGCAGUUCUAUCACCUAAGAAGCCAGGAACGAGGCCAAGAAAAUAAAGGGUUCAGAAAGUCAAUUUCAUAGAUAGAUUAAACGACUAAAUAGGACGGCAAACAUCUCGAAAUUUUUUUAUGUUCAGGUCAUGCCCUAGAAUGUUGUCUGUUGCGGGAUGUUUUAUAUCCAAAGAAAUAUCUGAAAAAACAUUUAUAUUUAGACAUUGUCAUAGACUCCCUAUUUUUAGGAGGAUGUUUCAUUUUUCCAAAAAUUAAAUCUAUCUAUUUCGCCUCUUUGGAGCAAUCAGGCAGAGCGUAACCUCACCUUCCCAUUUCUGUUUGUGGAUUAUAUUUGUUUUUUCCGAAAUUACUUCCUCCAAGGCGUAUCACCUAAAAAGCCAGGGACCAGGCCAAGGGAAGAAAAUGAUGAGAUGACCAAUUUAUAGAUAGCUUGAACGAUCAAUAUCUCGAAAUUUUGUUAUGUACAGGUGUAUUGAUUUUUUUUGACAUUGUCAUAUACUCCCUGUUUUUUUUUUUUUUUUUUUUUUUUGAGAAUGUUUUGAUGUAUUUUGACUCUUUAAAGUAAUCAGGGAGAGCGUUUCCUCAACUUCUCAUUUCUGUUUGUGGAUUUUAUUUGAUUUAUUUUCCAAAAUUACUUGCUCCGAGGCGUAUGACAGUUCAGUCACCUGAGAAGCCAGGGACCAGGCCAAGGGAAGAAAGGGAUGAGAAGGCCAAUUUAUAGAUAUAUAGAACGACUAAAAAAGGCGGUCAAUAUCUCGAAAUUUGUUAUGUUCAGGUAAUGCCCUAGAAUGUUGUUUCUUACGGGAUGUUUUUAUAUCCCAAUCUAUUUUGAUAAUGCCCCAGAGUUGCUAAUUUUGUCAUCUGACGGGAUGUUUUCAUAUUCCAACAAUAUUCUGAAAUUUUUUUUAUUUAGCCAUAGCCCUAAACUCCUUUAUUUCUCUCUCUUUUUGUCGGGAAGUUUUCAUAACCCUACCAAUGCCAACGUUAUGUAUUUUGUCCGUUGGGGCCAACCGGGGUAAUCGAAAACUCGCGUUUUUUUAUUUAUUUAUUUUUUUGAGAUAGUUUUUGCACAUUUUGAUGGAAAAAAAUCCUUAAAACACCGUCUCCCAAAAUGACUUCUUCCAUGCAUUCCGCUAACAAAUGAGGGCAAUAUCUUGCAAUUUUAAAAGUAUAGAUAAUACCCCAAAAUUCCUAAUGUCCUAGUAAAAUCGCCUUAUAGGGUUGUUUUCAUAUUGCAAUAUUCUGAAAAUUUUAAUAUUUAGGCUCCUCCUUCAUUUGGUUUUUUUUUCGGGAAGUUUUCAUAACCCAACGUUAUGUAUUUUGUCCGUUGGGGCCAAGCCGGCCGAUCAGAACCUCGCCUUUUUGAUUUUUCUUUUGAGGAAAGGAUUUUCAAAUUUCGAUAAAAAAAUAUCAUUAAGACCCCAUCCCCUACAAUGACUUCUUCCAUGCCAUGCAUUCCGAUAACAAAUAUGCAGUCAAUAUCUCGGAAUUUUUAAUGUAUACAUAAUGUCCCAGAGUUCCUAAUUUUACAUUCUUACGGAAUGUUUUCAUAUUCCAAUAUUCUGAAAUUUUUAUUAUUUAGCCAAUUCCCAGAAUCCUUCAUUUCCUCCUUCAUGUAAAAACUAUAUAUGUCCCAGAGUUCCUAAUUUUGUCAUCUUACGGAAUGUUUUCAUAUUCCAAUAUUCUGAAAUUUUUAAUAUUUAUUUAGACGCCUUUAUUUCCUCCUUCAUGUAAAAACUAUAUAUUUUGUGCGUUGGGACCAACCCGGGUGAUCAAAACCUCGCCUUUUUCAUUUCCAUGAAAAAAUAAGACUCCCUUCUCACAAAAUGACUUCCCCCAUGCCAUGCAUUCCGCUAACAAAAAAAAUUAUUCAUAUAUUUUUAAUUUUUUUUAGAACAAUCCAAUUUUGUUAGAAAUUUACAAUUUUGUAUCAAGUAUUGUAUGUAGUAUUCCUUUUUCGAAUCAUUACCAUUUGUAGUAUAUAUAGAAAUGUCAUGCUCAUCCUAGCUACCUACCUUUAUAUAUGUAUCAUUAAUAUUAUCAUUGCUCACAACAAUUUGGUGCUCAUUUGGACAUUUUGAAAAUUAUUAUAUUGUUGUUGUAAAUAAAUAGCUAUUUGAUUUUA